CCGGUCGUCAUUCUAAGGCGGUACGUCGUUGAGCAGCUGAAGUUUGUCCCAUUUUUUUGCUUUCUUUCACAAGCAAAGACCACUGCCGACAAACUUUCCUCUCUGGCAGCAUAAAGACAGUUUACCAAGAUGUUUACUUGGCAGCCCAGCGUGACACAGACAGUCAAGUAGCUCAACAGAUGUUCUGCAGCGCUGCUGCUUGAUUCAUUUCAACAGGUGUUGCGAGACCACAAGGAGGUAAAGUCUGUUUCCAGAGGUUUCUCAUAGGCAAGUGUCCUGAAGAAAGCUGCGGACCUGUCUUCGGCGUUCACUGGCUGCUGUUAGCUUUGAAGUCUCUAGUCUCUCGCUAGCUGGUAGCAUUAGCUAAAGUUUGGCACACUUGUGUGUCAUGCUCCUCGGCCGCGUCCUCCUGAGCCUCACGUCCGAGUGUUCAAGAAGCAUUUCUUUGCAAAGGACAUAUUCACUGAAUGUGCUCUCAGCUCUGGGGCUGCGUCCCAUUUCUAUCAGUCACCACCAGAAAUCCAGUCCGCCUGCACACCCGAUCGGACCUGAGGCCAUAGCUCGGCCCUCUGUGCAUCUGCCAGCGGUGUUUGACAUGCAGCCAGCCGGUGUCUCCUAUGGAAGAGAGACCACAGCGGUGGCCUCAGACAGUGAUGAUGAUGAUGAGGGUGGUGGAGAUGAGGGUUCGGUUGGACAGGUGAACAGAGCAGCCGGUGAGGCGAGGAUGACUGAGAUGAGUUCAGUUCAGGUGGAUGCAGUGAGCACUGAGGUCCCGAAAGGCCACGUCGACCCUGGGGGCUCUUCUGUGUCUACUCCUACAGGAUCACAUGAAAAGAUGGCGAGGAGCAAGAUGCGGAGGGAGAAGAAGAACAUGAUGAAGAAAAUGCUGAAAGUUCCCGAUACCUCGAAGAGUUUGAUGUCGGAGCUCCCGUUUGCUUUGACUAGCCCUGCCACGUGGAAAGCGCUAGGGUUCCCAAACUCAGAGUCGACCCAGAAGAAGAGGAAGAGGAAGAGAGGAGACAGCGGUGGCCGAGUGGACAGCGAGGAGGAUGGAGACAAGAAGAAAAAAAAGAAAGAGAGCCAACGACCCAACUACUUUGUCUCCAUCCCCAUCACUAACACUCAGAUAAGCUCAGGCGUGACUGAAGUCCAAGAGGCCAUUCUUCAGCAGGAGCCCCGUCUGGCCAAAGCCAUGAUCCCCGUCCCAACUCUUCACAUCACGCUUUUAGUCACUCAUCUCGCCAACCAGGAGCAAGUAGACCUGGCGGCGACCGUGCUCUCUCAGGCCGAGCCGUCACUGGCUGAGCUGCUGCGUGGGCGGGAUCUGGUGCUGCCCUUCUCAGGGAUCAGUCAUUUCAGGAAGGAGGUGGUGUUUGUUGCUCUGGCCACCGGACCACACAGAGACACGCUGGACAGCCUGGCAGAGUUGCUGCGGAGCCGCUUUGAGGAGCAGGGUCUUCUGCAGGGGGACUGUCGUGGGUUUGAGCCUCACCUCACCAUUAUGAAGCUGUCCAGAGCAUCAAAACUACGGUCACAGGGUAUAAAGCGUGUGGAUCCAGCCCUUUACUCAAACUACACGAACAAAUUUUUUGGAGACCAGACGGUGGACCGCGUGGAUCUGUGUUCCAUGUUGAAAAAGAAGCAACAAGAUGGAUAUUACCACACUGAGACUUCACUACAACUCGAUUUGAUUCAGAGUCCACUCCAUGUCAAACGCUCAAGUGGGCGCCGCCGGUCAGAGCCCGACGAGGCGGAGCUCCUGAGAGUCAGCAAGCGAUUGGUCGAGGAUGCCGUCAACCGCGCCCUGCAGCAGUACAAACAGGAAACACUUCAAAACGGGGGCGGGCCUAAUGCAGCCGCGGCGCAGCCCCCCGGAGGCACGGAGGAACCCGCCACAAAGACGGACACUACAGCUAACUCCACCACAGACAACAGGAAGUGACGUCUUCGGACUGAGGCACAGACACUGAGAGAAAACCAGCAGCCCAGAAAACAAACAUCAGCCUGGCCUGGCCGACCAGAAGAAGAGUCAGUAAGACCUGGGCACAAAGCCUGAACCAGCCAACCAUUCGGCGCACUGUGCUGACAUGCUAACCCUGCUAGCCAGUCGUGCUAAGUACCUGCCCUCCUGACCUAGCUUGACACAGCGCUAGUUAAAUAGAUAAUGUAGCUUGAGCUGAAGGUGACCGUCCCACCAGGUCACCUAGCUAAGCCUGUGAGCCAACUUACUCUGCUGUCCUACAUCUUACAGCAAAGGAUGUUGUCCCUCGUCCUUCAGUCAGCUGGAGUCUUGCGUUUGCACAUAAAACCCAGAAAACACCUUGGAAGCACUCCUCUAGAGACACACAUGCACAUGUAGUGUUCACUGUGACCUGUCACUCAGAAACUGCCCUUUUAGAAUCACAUACGUUUUGUUACCAUGUAAAAUGGACUUGUAUAGAAAAUUCUUUCUCCUAAAUAGUUUCUUGAGGAUUUUUUUUUUUUGGUCUUAGAAAAUCAGAACGGUAUUAAUGAAGAAAAUGUCGCCUAUCUGUUCGUGUUUGUGGCCGAAGAGGAUGUGUAACACGAGCUGGGGCGACUGACGCGGCUCCGUCCAGCUGCACUCUACAAACUUCAGCGUGAAACCCGGUUCAGUUCGUUGGGCCUCGGUCUGUGCAAGCUUCCGUUAAGCUGCCCGUGUUUGACAUGUCCUUUUUAAAGGCGAUGGAUCUUCUUCAAAGCUCCACUAUUUUAUUUUCAAUGUCUGUCUUUUUGAUCUACAGGAACGGAUUCAUCCCUCAGCCGCGCUUUAUGUGUUGUAUGUUACUGUUGCAUUAGCCAAGUGUGUCCAGCGGGGGCAGCACUCAGACAAUCGUGUUAAGAUGAAUUUGAAAGAGAAGUGUCGGUUUUUGAAUCCUCUCCUCUGUUGGAUCCAGGCACUGCGUCUAAGUCUGGUACCGUAUUAAUUGGUCUCUAUUAAUAACACUAACUUUAUAGUAGUGGUCAGGUGGAUUGGAGAUAGAAAUAAAAUACUAUGCUUCAACAAUACAGUACACUAUAAGCUGCCAAGAACACAUCAUCUUUACUUUAUUAAUGCCAAAACCUGUAUUAUAAUUAUUGGCUUGUCUCUUUGAAGCAGAUUUUCAUGUGACGAGCCACGCCUACCGUUUUACACACGAACUCACUUUCCUGUCUGAUCGUACACAGUUGUGUUUUUUUUUUUGUUAUCGCUGAAAACAGCAGCCCACACAGAUAUUUAUUAUCUCUUAUUUAAACCCAUGCAUUCAUAAACUGUGUGGGCUGAGGUCUUGUAAGACAGGCAGGCUGAGCGUUUUAGGUUUUGGGAGUAUUUAUGCUGAUCUGAGAAGCAUUCGUUCUGCAGUACUGUACGCGGAAGAGCAGUUAAAAGCCAAGCGGUGAUUCCGACGGCAAGGCUGAAGUCAGCAGGAGGUUCACUCAGACAAUCACCGCCGUCAGCCGAAAGCCCCUCCGCCUCUUAAGUUGCAGUGUCUUCCAUCCUUUCUUCGUGCGCGUGUUCCACUUGAAAAUUGCGAUCGGCCUUUGCUUCUUUGUGUUCGACCCCGCAGCUCUUGAGAUAGAUACAUGAAAUAAAGGAGAUUUGACUUUUAAAAGAAAACUCGCGAUGGUGAAGGUGCAGCUGCGAUGAAGGUGAUUAUUUUAUCUGUUUUAAGUACUUUAUUUAUUACACAGCAUUAUUUGUCCCCCGUUAAAACGUAUAAUUUAAUGAUUAAAAAAAAAGGAUGUUUGAUUUUGAAAUCUAAAAAGCACAAAGUUAUAAAUGUGUGUUUUUUUUGUUUGUUUGUUUGUUUAGAUUUGGUAGAGCAGGUAAUAUAUACAUGCUGGUAAAUCAGAUCACCUCCGUUCAAAGUGGCCUUUUCUUAAGGUGACACUGCAUACGCAACAUUCUCUUAAAUCACCUCUCUUAACUGUGAGUUGAAUCUUUGAGUUCAGUGUGGAAAACAAAGUAAAAUAAGUAAAACACAUGUUAUUUGCAUCACAAGGUGAAUCUAUGGAGAAGGACGGAUGUUUUCACAAUUGUGACCUCAGAUUUUUUCUGCAGAAUUCUGGAUUUAAUGUCUUUUCUUUUCUGACUUUUUGUCUCCAGAAUGUCAAGUCUGAAUAUUUUUUUGACAGAAUUCUGUUUUUCUUUUUUACAGAGUUGCAAAAAGUCAGAAUUCAGAGCUAAAAGUCAAUAUUAGGACUUUUCCUGCCAAAUUCUGGUUUUAAUGUUGAAAUACAAGAUAAAAAAAAAACAAGAUAAGAUAACCUUUUAUUUAUGCCACAGUGGAGGUGUUUGCAAAAGUUGGGAGUAUUAAAUUUUUACUUUGGAAUUCUGACAUUUAUCUUCUGAGUUUGAAAUUUCCCUCAAAAUUCUGACUUUUUCAUGCGAGUUUGUGAAUUCUGACUUUUCCCUCUGCGGCAGUAAUCCCCUUCCAUUAAAAAAAAAACAACAAACAGAGUGGUUAUCUUCAAUUAUUUGCUUUUGCAGCUUCUGAUUUUCAUCUGUUUGCUGUUUAUUUCCCUCCGGUGCAAACAGGUGUGCGCUGGGAAAGGCUCCCUCAUCCCUGUGAAAUCCCCUGAAGUCCUGUCAUUAGGGGUUCAUUGAAACGUCAAUAACGUCUGUCUUGAGGUGGACUCUGAACAUUUUCGUUUUCAUCUUUUAUUGUCACCAGAUCCUUAAUCUCCUUAAAUCCCCUUUAAUACACGAGUUGUCCUGUUGGCCUGUGUUCAUCUGUCUCUGCAAGUGUGUGCGUGUUUGAAGUGUGCGCGUGUAAUUGUGUGCGUGUCAGAUGCUUGAUCGAGUCGAUCCCCGGAGAAGUUCUCGUCUGCAUCGGUCAUGCACAACUCAGAGCUGCGUGCGUCUUUUUCUGUUUGUCUUUCCAUGUGUCCACGUGUGUGUCUGACUGCGUGCGGGUGUUGUUUGUACUGUGUUGUAUAUCUUGUUCUGCCAUAUUUGAACAAUAAAACAGGAUAUGAAAUCCAAAACCAA